AUGAAUUUAAUUGGCGCUUUGUUAACGCUCGCCGCCUGCUCGCAAUGUGGUUUAAUCGCUGCGGAUAUAUCGCUGAAGCAACCGAAUCGGUUCGAGGAGAGCAGCUAUGGCAAUUCGCGCUAUCAGAUCUUCGAGGUGCACAAUCAUUACGAGGGCAAGGCUCGUGCGUAUCUGCCGCCCCAACAUGUUGCCGGUGCAACGGCAACAGCUGUCGACGAUGACAACCUGGAUGUAUCAUAUCUGAGCUUUGCCGAUGAGGAUGGCCAUUUGCAGGCAACUGUUGCCCGGCCAUUGCCGGUGGCAGCCACUGUUGCCCGGCCAUUGCCGGUGGCAGCAACAGCAGCUGCUUCGGUGCCGUUUCCCUCCAGCUAUCAGCAUGAUUUUCAACGCAAACAGACGCAACAGCAGGAUGUGGCUUAUAGCGCGCAAGCUUAUUUGCCGCCCACUGCUGCCACGCCCAGCAUUCAACAACAGCAGCAGCAGCAGCAGGUAUAUCAAUCCACUGGCAGCGGCAGCUUGAGCUCCGUGUUAAGCUCAACUGCACCGCAGGUAUUCUCCGAGCCACCAGCAAGCUAUCAGGCGCCCGACUAUUUGCCACCCACCGCCAGCAGCCUGAAGCAACAGCAACAACAACUCGUCUCUAAUUCUCAACAGCAGCUGGCAGCACCGCAGCAACUGGCACAGCCUGCGCCGCAAGCAACAUUGCCGCAGCCAACGGCGCCAGCGGCUGAAUAUCAAGCUCCUGGCUACUUGCCGCCUGGCUAUGACUUCAGCAAUCCGAAUCAAUUGCCAUUGGAUCAAAUCAUAGAACAGCCACAGCUACCAGCACAGCCAGUUGCUGCCGUGCAGCCAGCAACACAUCCUGGCGCGCUGCCAGAGGGAUAUGAGUUUAGCAAGCCCGAAAAUUUUGAGGCCGCCAUUGCCGAGCUGCACAGCCUGCAAACGCAAACGAAAUUGCUCAAACAGCAGCAGCAGCAAUUGCAGCUGCAACAACAACAGCAGCAACAACAACAACAACAGCAGCAGCUGCAACAGCGGCAGCAGCAACAGCGGCAGCAGCAGCACACACACAUACACGCGCUGAGCAGCUAUAUGAACACGGUACAGCCAUAUGCACGAUACGGACAGCCACAGCAGCAACAUGUGCAGCAGCAACAUGCACAGCAGCAGCAGGUACAGCAGCAAUUUGUCCAGGUGGCGCCCAUGUACCGUGAGCAAUCGAAGCGUCCGCAUUUCUAUGCGCCCGCCAUGUCCUACGCUCGCAAUGCGCUGCCCACGCAGUACCAUCAGCAUCAUCACAUACAUCACCAACAGCAACACCUGCAACAGCAUCAGCAACAUCAGCGUCCCGCGCUCAGCCUGAAGGCGCAACAGUCGCUGCAAAAGUUCAUGCCACGCGAAAUGCAAUUGGCCGUCAAUGUGGCUGUUGCUGCUGCCGCGCCUGUUGCUCGGGGCAGCUCCAAGGUGCGCACCGUUCAAAUUGUUAAGCCGCAUGCGACGCGCACAUUCAAAGUGCUCGAAACUCUGGAUGCUGCCGGCGUGAAGACCAUCAAAAUACUGGGCACCAGCAAUGAGCAGCCGCGCGGCCAGCAUCAUGUUGUCAAGGUGGUCACGCAGGAUGAACAGAAUGUCGAGAAUCAUGUGCAGACCGUGAAGAUCUACGAUGAUCAGCAGGAGUAUCAACAGCAGCAGCAGCAGCCCCAGCAGCAGCAGCAGCAGUCGGUGGCGCCUCGUGGUUAUCUGCCACCCUUGGCUGUGGCCAGGCCACGGGAGCGCGUUGUGCGCCAGACGAGGCCGCUUCGUCUGCUGCCCGUGCCCAGGCAUUGA